AUGGUAUGCCCUUCUUUUCGGGCCCUUGGAAGCAAGAGGGUGCUAGUAGAAUCUUCCCCUGAUACUAAGGAAGCGUCUUUAGUGGGCCCAGAAGAUAUGCCUCAGCAAUCCGGUAAGGAAACGGUCUCUGGCCCUCCUGUUGUCAAAGCAUCCAAGAUGGUGCUGCUGAAGGUAAGGACCAUCAAGCUCAAAGAUGGAGUUGAUCUUCCACCUUAUGAAUCACAUUCGGGCCCAAAUGCUGCCGUUACCGCUACCAAGGCCUUACGGGCCCAAAUCUAA